CUGUCUUCACGUACCACUGCCGUAGAGGCGUGAUUGCGUAGAAUGCGUAGCGGGUGGAACCUUUAGUGUAACCGCAUUGUUGUUUGGAAGAGAGGUUGUUCGUUAUUAGAAAUUGGACACUUCGAUUUACGAAUGGUCCUUUUUAGUAAUAACUGCGUGCCGAGAACAAGAACGACGUUCCAAACUGAUACCGUCGUCACGGAUACCAUACUGUUUUCUCUAAAGAAACAGUUUAAGCCUUUCUCGAGCGGCGCCCGUUGGAUCAGAUUGUGCAGAAUCACAGCCACUCCGCGGGCCACAUCGCCAUUGCUUUAGCUGCUACUGCUGUCUGCAGAACAAAACAUUGAGAACCCCGGGAAAGUGUUUGGUGCGGACGUCACGGAGCUGGGCAGUAGUCCAGGACAACUUCUAUUUACAUGGGAAGUUCUUGGUUUUAAUUGAUGUUAAUUUUGGGAAUUAACAGUUGGCUGGCAUGGAAUAGAAUUGUCUCCCGUUUGAAUCGACAUUAUUCAAUUCUGGUAGAACUGACUCCGCUACAAGCUUCCUUCAAACAAGUUAUAUCCAAAAUGAAAAGAAAAGGGCGUCAUCAUCGAGUGUCUACGACAAGGCGUUCAGCUUCUCCUUGCAAUAUCAAGAACUCUCCCACACGGGAAACACUGACAUAUGCUGAGGCUCAGAGGGUGGUAGACAUGGAGAUUGAUGGUCGUAUACACAGAAUCAGUAUUUUUGACACUUUAGAGAUCAUAUCAGAGGAUGACCUUACAGCGCAAGAGCUAACUGAAUGUAACAGCAAUAAGGAAAACAGCCAACGGCCAGCUCUGAUAAGGUCCAAAAGACUUAAAAACAAUUUAAAAAAGAAAAAUGCUGUUCCACCAAAUGCACAUGGGGUACCAGUAUCAUCUAGUACUCUCCCAGAGCCCAAAAUUCGUAUUGUUGACUACAACCCACCUGUAGCUCCUCGGAGACCCCCCUCAUAUUACACGUUUAUUGAGAAAUCCUCUGAUGAGCUUGAUAAAGAGGUAGAGUAUGAUAUGGACGAGGAGGAUUAUGCAUGGCUAGAACUUGUUAAUGAAAAACGCAGAAGUGAGGGGCUUAGUGUUGUUUCUCAGAAUGUGUUUGAGUUCCUCAUGGACAGAUUUGAAAAGGAAUCUUUCUUUGAGAGUCAGAACCAAGGAGAUCCCCAGUCUCUCAUUGAUGAAGAUGCAGUAUGCUGCAUAUGUAUGGAUGGUGAAUGCCAGAACAGCAAUGUCAUUUUAUUUUGUGACAUGUGUAAUUUAGCAGUGCAUCAAGAGUGUUAUGGAGUUCCAUACAUCCCAGAGGGGCAGUGGCUUUGCCGGCAUUGCUUGCAGUCUCCUUCCCAGCCUUUAGACUGCAUACUUUGCCCCAACAAGGGUGGUGCAUUGAAAAAGACGGAUGAUGAUCGUUGGGGACAUGUGGUUUGUGCCCUGUGGGUACCUGAAGUGGGUUUUGCUAACACUGUUUUUAUUGAGCCAAUUGAUGGUGUAAGGAAUAUUCCUCCAGCAAGGUGGAAGUUGACAUGCUAUCUCUGUAAACAAAAAGGGGAUGGUGCUUGCAUUCAGUGUCAUAGAGCAAACUGUUACACAGCAUUUCAUGUGACUUGUGCUCAAAAAGCAGGCCUUUACAUGAAAAUGGAACCUGUAAAAGAAGUCAUAGAGGCUGGAACAACUUUCUCUGUGAAAAAGACUGCCUAUUGUGAUGCACACACUCCAACAGGCUGUGUAAGGAGACCACUGACAAUUUAUGAGGAAGCCAAAACCAAAAAUGGACUUUGUCAAAAAACAGCUAGGACCAGAUUAAAAGGAAGGCAUAAAAACAAAAAAAGUAAAAAAGUUUUAGCUGAAUCACUUGGAGCUGUUCCUACAGUAUCUGUACCAAGUAUCCCAUCUCAAAGGUUGAACAAAAUUCUCAAUCAAGUUGCUUUACAGAGAAAGAAACUAUUUAUAGAACGCAUUUUGAAUUACUGGACACUGAAAAGGCAGUCAAGAAAUGGUGUGCCAUUGCUACGGCGUUUACAGUCAAAUUUACAGUCACAACGAAAUGCACAGCAGAGGGAAGAUAAUGAGGAAAGCAGUGCUUUGAAAGAACAAUUGAAGUACUGGCACAGGCUUCGCCAUGACCUUGAGAGGGCACGCUUAUUGUUGGAGUUAAUUCGUAAACGAGAGAAAUUAAAGAGAGAGGAGAUCAAGGUUCAGCAGGUUGCCAUGGAGCUACAGUUAGUACCUUUCACUGUUCUUCUGCGGUCAGUGCAAGAUCAGCUUGAAGAAAAAGAUACUGCCAGGAUUUUUGCCCAGCCAGUGAACCUCAAAGAGGUUUCUGAUUACUUGGACCAUAUCAAACAUCCAAUGGAUUUCUCUACAAUGAGAAAAAGAAUAGAAGCUCAAGGAUAUAAAAACCUGGAUGAAUUUGAAGAAGAUUUCAACCUUAUCAUUGAAAACUGUAUGAAGUAUAAUGCUAAGGACACAAUAUUUUACAGAGCAGCUGUUCGAUUAAGAGAUCAGGGGGGUGCUGUUCUGAGGCAAAGCCAUCGUGAUGCCAAACGCAUUGGAUUUGAUUAUGAAACAGGAAUGUACUUGUCCAAACCACCAAAGAUUGAACCACCUCUGCCUUUUUCCUGGGAAGAUGUGGACAAACUCCUAAAUCCAGCAAACAGAGUACACAUGUCUUUGGAAGACCAGCUCAAAGAACUACUUGAAAAACUUGACUUGACCUGUGCAAUGAAAUCAAGUCCAUCUCGGAGCAAACGCUUAAAAUUAUUAAAGAAAGAAAUAUUUAAUGUCCGAUACGAACUUAGCCUGCAGAAAACUCAAUCCAAGCAACCAGAGCUGAGCACAACUUGUGUUGAAGAGGUUACACCUUUAGAGCAAAAUCUCGAGGAAGAUGGAGACAAGUCAUUGCCACCAAAUCUAGAACCAUCUGAUUCUUUGCCACCUUCUUUAAAUUUGGACAGUAAUUCAGAACCACCUACCCUCAAACCAAUUGAACCUAACCCCGAGAACAAUAAAUUGCAUAAACGAGUUAAGUUUGAAAAUGAAAUGCAUGGCAUUUCUCCACCAAAAGAAAUGUUUAAUGGACACGCUCAAGAACACUUGCUUAAAGACACCGAUGUUAGUGUGGUGGCCACAUCUACAUUAGCUGAGUCCUCAAGUGAUGUCAACAGACGGACAUCUGUUCUUUUUCGAAAAUCUAAAAGUGCAAGUCCUCAAAAACUUGGGAAAAUCAGUGACGCACAGCCUAGUUCUCCUCAGCUAGGGACCAAAACAUUUUUGUCUGUGGUUAUUCCAAGAUUGGAGACUCUUCUUCAGCCAAGAAAGAGGUCCAGAAGUGCAUGUGGAGACAGUGAAGGUGAUGAAGAGUCCCCCGUGAAACGUUUCGAUACAGGACUUACUAAUGGUUUCGGGAACGAUGAGUGCAAGGAGCUCACUCCAACCAGAAAACUUGAACCCAGACGCAGAUGUGCAUCAGAAUCCAGUAUCUCUUCAAGCAGUAGUCUUUUAUGCAGCACAAGUUUGAGCCUUCCAAAAUGUGGGAAAGGUAAACCGGCACUGGUACGAAGAAACACCAUUGAUGACAAAAAUGAGUUAAUAACUUGCAUUGAAACUGGAAACUUUGCUAAAGCAGCAAGACUUGCAGCAGAAGUUGGCAACAACAAUAUAUGGAUGCCUGCUAAUUCUGCAACUGUUGCCCUGGAACCUCUGAAACUAGUUUGGGCAAAGUGUAGUGGCUAUCCCUCCUAUCCUGCACUGAUAAUAGAUCCAAAAAUGCCUCGGCUUGGUUGUCACCAUAAUGGUGUGUCCAUACCAAUACCUCCACUGGAUGUUUUAAAAGUAGGAGAACAAAUGCACUUCAAGUCUGGAGAGAAACUUUUCCUUGUUCUUUUCUUUGACAACAAGAGAAGCUGGCAGUGGCUUCCUAAAUCAAAAAUGGUUCCUCUUGGAAUUGAGAAAACUAUCGACAAGUUGAAAAUGAUGGAGGGUCGAACCUCCAGCAUUCGCAAAGCUGUACAGACUGCCUUUGAUCGAGCAAUGAAUCACCUAAGUAGGGUACAGGGGGAACCAGUUAGUGAUUUUAGUGAUGUUGAUUAAAUCAGUGCUAACUUGACAUAUUGCCUCAUUUGGACUUCUGCUAUAUUGGGCUGAUUACUGUUUCUUAAUGAAUGUGCUGGAAAUCUAUUUCUCAAUUGUUGUACUUAGUAACUGCAUUCAGCUAAGAGCAAUAUGCUAAAAUAGUCACUGCCAUUCUUAAUUAUGACCUUUUCCAUCACUCACUUGUAGUUGCAAGACCUUUUUUCCUAAUCUGAAAAUGUAAAUGUGUGUAUUGUCUGAAGCUUUAAUUUAUUCCAUAGACACGGUUCGUUCCUUUUUUAUUUGGUACAGUGGAUUAACUGCAGUUUAUAUAUAUAUAUAUAUAUAUAUAUAUAUAUAUAUAUAUAUAUAUAUAUAUAUAUAUAUAUAUAUAUAUAUAUAUAUAUAUAAUUACACAAGAAAUGUACCAUAUCACCAUGUGGGCUUACCUGGUGCUAAAUGCAUUGUAAAAUCCUACAAACAAAUCAAAGACCAAAAUAGGGCUAUAACAUACUGUUAAAAGUAUGAUUUCAGUAACUGCUGUCUGUUUUUAUAUCUUGUCUGAAUUACAUAAGUUAUUGUGUGUUUACUUAAGCUUCUCCAAGUGGCAUUAACUAAUUUUUUUUUUUUAAAUAUUACAAUGGUUUUAUAUUUAGAAUUUUAGUAUUCUCAGUUAUGUAUAUAUUUAUAUAGUUUAAAUGCUUAAUGGAAAAGCUUGAGUGUUAAAACCUGAAGUGUAUCAUUUUCAUUACACCAAAUAUAUGCUGCCCAGAUUACCUAUUGUUACUUUUUUAAUUAUUUUUUUACGUGGUAUAUGAUUUAUCUCUGUAAAGUGUGUGUUAUUGUAGAAACCAUACUUUUUUUUAUUUUUUUAAAAAAAAACGUGUGUAUUUUAAAUUUUAGGAUGAUGUGCCUCGUUUUAUUUUUAUUUAUUGUAAAAAAUUAUAUACAUUUCUUUAUAAACUGAGAAUUUUGAAAGUUGAGAGUUGUACAUUUUUAUUGGCACAAUAAAAUCUAGAUUAGGCGACACAUUCUACAGAUGGGGAUAUUGAGUAUAAAGUACUUAAUAGUGUGUGCAUAAUCAGAUUUUGAUAUAUUGUCAUUGACAGUUGAUGUUGAGUUUGUGAUAUUUGUUAAUUUAGUCGGCAAGCUGGGUAGCAUUAGAUGUUGGAACACAUUUUUGUAUGGUAUAUGUUAUAUACAUAGAAUUAGUACCUUCUUUUUGUAUUAUUUUGAGUGGAGAGAAAACAGCAUUACUGUGGGAUUAAAAACAAAACAAAAAAAAAGCUUGGUGGGUUUCCAGUACUGCAUUUGUAUGAACUUUUUUACAUUGAAAAUAAAAACCUGGUUUUUGA